GUAGCAUCAAGGCGAGAGCGCCUGCAUGCAUAUGCUGAACGAACCGACUCCGCAGAUGUCCUCUGUACCAAGCCGAGCUUACCAUCCCCCAUGGAUGCACCGACCCGCACCCGUCGCCCCGAGCCGUGAAGCCAGCCUGGCUAUAGCAAUGUCAUGUGAAGUCUGAGAAUGUUAUGCCCCGCCUGGCAAAAGCGGUGGACUCACCCAGAAUGGGUAGGUCACAGAAUGGUGACACGGCUUUGCAAGAGGGGGACGUCGAUGAACAAUCAAUCGGCGAAACCAACAAGGAGCAGACUCGAUGGAAGAAGCCUCGAAGGCAGCACUUGCCUUGAUUCUUCCCACAAGGCGAGAGCAAGCAAGACCAGGCCCGUCACCGCAUGGCUAUCCUUUCAAAUGAGACAUUCGGGCGGUAAAGCAGGGCAAGCAUCUCAACGCAGUCUUCCACAUAUGCAUCUGCCUUCGUAUCCAUGUCCUUGUCGGUCUGCACCGUCCACCAUACCAGUAUACCCGUGGAAAGAGCACCAUGGAUCGACCAAAAACAUCCAUCGGGGAAGAACAACCACGAAUUCCAGAGGCGAGAGCUCCGGCACUUCCCUGCACCGCUGCAAAGACGCCGACAAUUAUUUGCUUUUUCUUUUGGCCAUUCUCUCUCGACAACGCUAAAGGUGCAGUACCGCCACCCAAUAUCCAUCCUUAUCGUGGUACUGUUGCAUUUGAAUACCAAUCAUAUCGUGGAAAAGAAU